AUGCAGUUCAUAAAAGAUCGCUGUCGGGUCAUAUAUCCGAAACUACCAAAUUAUAUCCGCCAUUACCUCUCUGCUAGCCUCAAAGUCGAUUUCCUCCUCGAAGUCCAACUCUUACUUCUCACCUUCAGUACCGGUAUCCAAGAUGCCGUGAGCUACCCAGACUUCAAAUGCUUUGCAUCCAACCAGACCGGCAAUUCCGUUGUGCUGGCUGUAGGCCUUGCUGGACAUGACAGUUCAGUCUUCAACCUGGCCAAUGUUGGCCUGAGUCUAGGAAUGUUUCUAGCUGGAGCGAUUAUGACGGGACAGUUGGCCAAUUUUGUCGGCCCGCGUGGUCUCUGGCACCAGUCCCUUGUCAAUGGGUUCGUUAGCAUUGCUGGCCUUUGCGUCAGGGGCCCAAGUAGCCUCAAUGCGACCCUUUCGAAUUCAGGAGAUUACAACAGCUAUGGCGACAGCAGCGUGGGUUGA